AUGUCACGGUAUUACCGAGAUCUUUCUAAUUAUUUUUACAUUAUCAUAGGUUUCCUUGUCUUAAUAUUCAUUGGACUUCACUCUAGUAACGAACAUGUUAAAGUAGUGUAUCCAAAAAGCGAUAGAGAAGGUAAAAUACAAUUAUUUACAUGCGGAAUAGAAGAAAUACUUUUAGAAAAACCUCUGUUUACUCCGCCACUAAAGUCAUGUGAACCUAUAUCUGUUCAGGAAGUAAUACGACAGAACAGUCAAGUAAGUAUUUUAUUUUUUUGUUUUAUAAAUUUUAAGAGCUAAACAGCAUUACCCCAUCGGACCUAAGCCUACACCUUGCCAUUUUUAGUCUUACCCAAGCCUAUCAUUGUUUUUUCUAGCGGUACUCAAGCCUAUCUCUGUCGGUUUUAUUCCUACCCAAGCCUACCCUUGAGCAUUUUAGCUUUAUCAAAACAUGCUUUUGGUUCUUCUAGCCCUACUCAAGCCUACCUCAACUUAUAGUCUUACUUAAGCCUACUCUAACACAUUGAGCCUUAUUUUUAUAUAAUAAAAAUUAAAUUUUAGCCAAUUAGGAAGCUUGACUAUGGCAAUAUUACUACUUUCAAAGGAUACUGUAAUGAAAACAAAGCUUGCAUCAAAGGAUUUAGAAAUGUAAAACAUCGACAGUAUUUUUGGGUAUGUUAUUUGUUGUUUUAAUGAUUGUUAUGUUAGGUAAGGUUAUAGUGGCUUCUUUGAUUCGAAUUUCAAAUUACGAUUAAAGUGUAAAAGAGAAAUGUUGUAACCAAUCGUAUUUUACUUUACUUUUAAAUUUUAACUUUUUGCUGAAUAUUAAAAUGAUAAUGUAUUAUAUUAGCAAAACAUCUUUCAAUUAAUAUCGUAAAUAAGAUGAAUUCAGGCAUUUCCAAAGACAAAGUCGUUAGUGUGCCAGAUCAAGAAGAAUAUGAGUCAAUUACUCGUGGCAAUCUUCUGUUUCCUCAAUGAUGAACUCAGCUUUCUUUACAGUGCCAAGUCGUUAACACGAGAUGUGUUUGAAAGAAGCUGUGCUUCAAAUAAAGCUUCAUCUAUGGCAAAAGCAAUGGCUAAAGUUAAAGACAAGAAAGGAUGGCACAAUCUGUUGGUGGUCAGAGAUCCGAUCGACCGAAUUCUGUCUAACUUUAUGUACUUUUGCGUUGUGUAAGUUAUGGUUGGGCAGGUUUUGAUAACUAUAAUCAAUAUUGCAUUUAGAAUUUGUAUUUCAAUUUAUAUUACUUUAGGUUAGUACCAAGAUGUUUUAAGCUUGACUUAAGUUUAAGUUUGAAUUUUUAAGUUAUUUUUAGCGUAAUACCAUUUUAUGACCAAAUAUAUACCUAAAACAAUAUAAUUUAGAGGAGAAUAUGUUAAAGAGAACGUAUGUGACAAAAGAUGUCAUGGCUGUGGUGUCAACAUGACAUGUUAUUUGGAAAAUCAGUUGAUUUUGUUGAAGAAGAUGGCUUUGAAUCCAGAGAAAGAGUUUGGUGAACUUACUGAGCAUGCCUAUCCUCAAUCAUGGUAA